UCCAACAAACCUAAACAAACCUCCGGAGUUCCCCCCGCUUCACUUGUUUCGGGUCGGAUAACGGAAACGACGGCUGCGCUCCUGUUGCUCCGAGCAGACAGAGAGGACUUUCGGUAACACGGUGCCAGUGCUCGGGUUCGGGGCUCGCGCUGUUUGGUUGCAAAGUCGCGCGCUGGGCGCUGCAGGACGAUGAGACUUGAAACAGUUUUUAAACUUCUUCCGUGCGUUGUGUUUUUGCUUCCCAACGCAAUGCACGCACAAACAGUGCUCCCUCCAGAGUGUACGCCGGGCGGCCACUCCGUCCUCCAGGACCCCUAUCGCAGCACCACCUUCAGCUCCAGCUGGCUGCAGCAGUCGGCCCUGCAGGACUUCAUCUGCGACCACUCCCUCACUCCAGGCUGGUACCAGUUUCAGAUCUUCGACAAGCUGGCCAGCAUGCCCACCCAGUGUGUGGAGGUGAACCACUGUGGGACUCAGGCUCCUGUGUGGCUGUCUCUGGCUGAGGGUGAGACCCUGCCGGGGCCUCUGGAGGUCAGACAGCUGACAGCCUGCGCUGCCUGGCAGCUCUACCCGGGCGUCAGCAAAGACUGCUGCAUGUUCCGCAUCCCAGUCAGCGUCCGCAACUGUGGAGACUUCUAUGUUUACCUGCUCCAGCCUACGCAGGGAUGCAUGGGAUACUGCGCUCAGGAGAUGUCAGACGCUGCACCCACAGCGUCCCUGAGCUGCGGUCCUGAUGAGGUGAACGUCAAUGGAACAUGUAAAACAAAGCAGCCUCCCACUCCAUCUGCACCAGUGAUCGUCUCAGAGGUGACAGGAAACUCCGUCUACUUGAAGUGCAGCUUCGGGAGCAGCUCCAACAGCUCCCUGGGUUACGUGGUGGCCUGGUCCCGCCUCUCACCUGAGGGCAGGAAGGAGGAGCUCAAACAGGAGACCACCAUCCAGACCUCCGCCUUCAUCGAGCUGGAUGGCUUCAACCUCCGUCUGGGGGACAAGAUUUACUGCUCAAGCUCCAGUUUCUUCUUGGACUCGCCUGACAUCCGCGGUGCAUCAGUGGAGAGUCAGGAGUUCUUUGCUGGAAUUAUGCUAAGACCGGAAGUGAGCAGUGUGUCUGAGGACGGGAGGCUGUAUGAGCUGGUGGUUGAGAGCACCGUUCCUGUCCCAUGUCUGGAGGAGUCCUCCGUCUCUGCAGAGCAGUGCACUCUGUCUCUGCAGCUCAGCACGAGCAGUAAAGAUGAGGGUUUAUUGGGCACAGAUCUGUCUCUGUCCUCGUGUGUGGUGGACCUGUCCCGGGGCCCCUGUAGGGACGGGGUUUGUAGCCGAGCUGUGAUCCACUUCAGCCCUGUCACUGACUUUGUCAAAGAUGGCAACAGGACAACUCACAUCUCCGUUAAAUCCAUCGUCACACCAAAUUUUCUCUGGAACGGGUACUCACCAGAACCAGUUGAGAUAACAGUGCAGGACGUCCCCUCAUCCUACUGCUACGUCUUCACUGAUCCUCACAUUAUCACAUUUGAUGGCAGGCAUUAUGACAACUACCAAGUUGGCACCUUUAUUCUCUAUAAAAGCAUAUUGAGGCCGUUUGAGGUCCACGUUCGUCAGUGGGAAUGCGGCAGCGUGGUGCACUCCGCCUCGUGCGUGUGCGGCUUCGUGGUGAGGGAUGGUGGCGACGUCAUUGCUUUUGACAUGUGCAAUGGAGAGAUGGGUGAAACCAAACCGCACCUGUCUGUGAAGAACAGAGACUUGACCAAGAGCGGCAUUCGCAUCACCGAGUCCUACCAGGGCCGCAAGGUCACGAUGACCUUCUCGUCGGGAGCGUUUGUCCGUGCAGACGUGUCUAACUGGGGAAUGAGCCUGACGCUGAGAGCUCCCAGUUCAGACUGGAGACACACUGAGGGCCUCUGUGGGACCUACGACGCACAGUCAGACAAUGACUUCCACUCAGCAGGAGGCGCCACACUGGAGCAUCUGCACGCUUUUAUCUCUGAAUGGAGGCUCCCUCCAGGCAACAGCCUGUUUGACACUGUGCCAUCCCACCUGAUGACACUGAACCCCCGCAAGUACUGUAACUGUCAGGCAGAGCCCUGCCUCUCAUCCCCCAGAGCCCGAUCUCAACCGGUCACCUCCUCCGACUCCACCUGCUCUCAUCACGGCAACGUGCACCUCCCCAGCGUCUUCCCCACUCUGGACGUCACAGCUGAGUAUAUUAGCUCGGUAGAACUACUCAAAGGUGAUGGACAUGACAGACAGACGCUGCCUUCGGGCCACUCCAGACACAACACCCAGGAUCGAGGCAGUGACUCUCAUCCGCACGAAAGAAGCGCUUCCUCCAGGGAUAGAACUUCAACCUCAGCUCAACACCAGCGGCACAUGAACAAGCGGCAGACCCACCAUUACAUUUCUAACUCUCCACACCAGAGCCUCAGCCAGUCUGAUCUGGAGGGCUUCACCUACUUUUUCCCAGAGGACCACGAAGCAGCAGUUCAGACAGACUUUUCCCUCACGUGGCCCACACCUUCUGGCCUGACGGAGCAGCAGGCCAGGACUCAGUGUCAGCAGACUGUAGCGGGCUCCAGCAUAGCGUUGGGCUGCAGCCGCCUGUUAGAAAAGUCGAUUAUGAGCCGUGUGGAGGCGAUGUGUGUUACAGACCUCCAGCUGAAGGAUGAGCAGUCAUGGCUGAAUGCAACUUUACCGCUGCUGGAAAAUGAGUGUGAGAGGAGGCUGAUGGAGGAGAGGAGGAGAGAAGAAGAGUACCAGGAUGUUGUGGCUGUCCUCAAGUGUCCCAACCUGUGCAACGGCAACGGCCAGUGCUCGGAUUGGGGUUGUGUCUGCUUCCCAGGAUUUGGGUCAUAUGACUGCAGUGUGCUGUCUGACCAGAUCCCAGAGAUCACCGAGUUGGAGAAGCAGGGUCUGUGUGACGUCCGACAGGGAGACUGCUCCACUGUCCAGGUCUACGGUCAAGGCUUCAAGGACUCCUAUGAGCUCAAGUGUGAGUUUGUUAAAGAAAAGUUUGAGGAUGGGGAGUGGGUUCUGGACGAGCCCCAGUUUGUCCUGGCUGUCUUUCUGGAUGUGACGGCUCUGGAGUGCCAGCUCCCCCUGGAGGACAGCCGGGCUCCUGCAGGCCUGGACCUGGAGACGGUGACAAGCAGACCACUGGCCCGCUGGCAGAUCAAAGUAUCCAACGAUGGCUACAGCUACAGUAACGCCAAGAUACUGACUCUGUAUGACGGAGCCUGUCAGAUCUGCAGCCUCAACACUGAAGUCCUCUGCACCCUGAGGGAGAAAACCUGCAACAUUGACGGCCUGUGUUACAGUGAGGGGGAGUCCAAUCCCAGCAGCCCCUGCCUCACAUGUCGUCCAGACGUGUCCAAACACACAUGGUCCAUAGCAGAGAAGAACGAGCCUCCACUGCUGCAAUCGUCGCUGUUUCGUCUCCAGUCCUUCCAGGGGGAACACUUCAUCUACCAGCUCCAGGCUCAGGACCCUGAGGGCUCAGCGGUGCUCUUCAUCUUGGAGUCAGGUCCUGAAGGUGCCUCUCUGUCUCCGGCCGGCCUGCUGAUGUGGAAGGCCACAGCUGAAACUACAGACACACACACUUUCCAGUUUACUGUGACAGACGACUGUAAUGCCCAGACAGCAUCCUCCAUACAGGUGUCUGUGCACCCCUGUGAGUGUCUGAAUGGAGCUUCCUGUGUGACCAACGUGAACCUCCCUGCCGGCAGCGGGGAGUACCUGUGUGUGUGUCUGGAUGGAUUUAAAGGUGGCAGGUGUGAGGUGGACAUUGACGACUGUAAACCAAACCCCUGCAGACUGGGCCGCUGCAUUGACGGCCCCAACUCCUUCUCCUGUAUCUGCCCACCUGGAAUGACAGGCCACACAUGCAGAGAAGAUAUAGAUGAAUGCGUCUCUCGGCCUUGUUUCCCUGGUGUGGACUGUAACAACACGCUGGGCUCCUUCAUCUGUGGAGUCUGUCCUCAAGGAUACAGCGGUGACGGCAAAACCUGCACACGUAACCAAGACUCUCCUGGCAAAGCAGUGAUCCAACCAUCCAGAGUCCCGCAGGUAUCACUGAGGCCCAAAUCUUCAGGUUCGUCACCGUGCUCCAGGCGGCCGUGUCACCAGGGAGUUCAGUGUUUCGAGAGCACCCACGUCUCAGCAGGUUACGUCUGUGGACCCUGUCCUCCCGGUCUCCACGGAAACGGACGAACGUGCACAGCAACAGGUCAGGGGACGGUCGCCAGUGGAGCAGACGGUCAUCUCCAUGUCAUCAAACCAACUUCCAACAAGGAAAUGACUCCCACCUCCUCCUCUUCCUCCUCGUCAUCGUUUACCACUUCAUCCAGACGCCCCCCUGACAGGAGGAGACCAGAGGCCACCAUCUCCAGCAUCAGGAGAGGUUCCUCCAGUGACAGAAGAACGACAGCAAUGCCGCAGAAUCAAACUGCCAUCAGAGUGUUCACUCCCACUGUCCACAGAGGUCAGCCCAGUGGGGUGGAGCUAAACCCUGACCUCACCACUGGGGUCAAACGGGUGUCACCAUCUCACUAUGUGACCUGCGCUGACGCUCCCUGCUUCCCGGGUGUUCCCUGUGAGCCCACCAUCACCGGGUCCUUCAAGUGUGGACGCUGCCCGUAUGGCUACACCGGAGACGGAGUCACAUGUAAAGCUGUGUGCAGGUAUCAGUGUGGGAGGAACAUGGAGUGCACUCUGCCCAACACCUGCACCUGCAAGGAAGGCUACACCGGAUACAACUGUCACAUUGCUCUGUGUCGGCCUGACUGCAAGAACCAGGGGAAGUGUGUGAAACCUAACGUGUGCGAAUGUGCCGCGGGCUACGGAGGGCCCACCUGUGAGGAAGCGAGCUGCGAGCCGCCUUGUCAACACGGAGGCACCUGUCUGGCCAGAAACCUGUGUACCUGCCCGUACGGCUACGUGGGACCCAGAUGUGAAAUCAUGGUGUGUAACAGGCACUGUGAAAAUGGAGGCGAGUGCGUUUCUCCUGAUGUCUGUGAAUGCACACCCGGCUGGUACGGACCAACAUGUAACUCAGCUCUCUGUAACCCCGUGUGUCUGAAUGGAGGAACAUGCAUGAAGCCCAACAUCUGUGCCUGUCCCAGCGGCUUCUACGGCUCUCAGUGUCAAAUCGCUGUGUGCAGUCCUCCCUGUAAGAACGGAGGUCAGUGUAUGAGGAACAAUGUGUGCUCCUGCCCUGAGGGCUACACUGGGAAAAGGUGUCAGAAGAGUGUGUGUGAGCCGAUGUGCAUGAACAAAGGCAAGUGUGUGGGACCCAACACGUGCUCCUGUGCGUCAGGGUGGAGAGGGAAGAGGUGCAACAUACCUGUCUGUCUGCAAAAGUGUAAAAAUGGCGGCGAGUGUUUGGGACCAAACACCUGUCACUGUCCCACGGGCUGGGAGGGUCUCCAGUGUCAGACACCGGUGUGUAAGCAGCGGUGCCUGAACGGAGGGAGGUGUGUCCUUCCUGACUACUGCCACUGUCGGAAAGGCUACAAGGGCCUCACCUGCGCAGUAAAGGCGUCACAGGCAUGAUGGGAAACGAGAAAUGGGAUGAAAGAAGCUACAGAAUGCACAAAGCAAAAAGAGAGCAUCAUAAAUUGUUGCGUGGGCGUGUGAGUGUGUGUGUGUGUGUGUGUGUGUGUGGAUGUUGAUGGAUGUGUGUGGCUGUGUGCACAUUUGAAGGCUAACAGGGGGACUUGAUGUAUUGCACUUGUCUGUCCGCCCCUGUAUAUCACUACCUCAAGGCUCACAGUAACACAUCUGUUAAAUGCAUCAGCAGAGAGACUUCCUACAGAUGUGUGUGUGUUGCUGCUCAGUAUUAUGUAAAAUAAGUAAAUGACAAAUGGAUCAGUUUUAGUCAUGAUUCAUUUAUCAGAUGUAGGUUAUUACCAGCAAGCUUUUAGUUUUAGAGUUGUCACAGUUUAGCCAAAUUAUAGCCUUUUAUCAAACUGAUGUGCACUGUUUGUUUCUUAUGAUGAAAAUAAGUCUGCUUUUAAUUGCGCCUGAUCUGGAUGGUACACAUCAGUAACUUGUUUCAGACUCAAGACACUGAUAUAAAUAUGCUGCCAUUUAACACAAAUCUGUUUAAUUUUCUUUAUCGCUUUCAUUAAUAUAUUGUUUGACUGGAUCAUGGCCGCCUGUUGGAGUUAUAUUAUAAGUUUGUUUUCUAAAAAAAAACUUCUGUAAACACCAGAUAACACUGUGGUACAAGUGACAAAAUAAAGACAUGUACUAUUUCUA